AUGGCCCGCACCAAGCAAACCGCGCGAAAGUCCACCGGCGGCAAGGCCCCCCGCAAGCAGCUUGCGGCCAAGGCCGCCCGCAAGUCUGCCCCCGCCACCGGCGGCGUCAAGAAGCCCCACCGCUACCGUCCUGGCACCGUCGCCCUCCGCGAAAUCAGACGCUACCAGAAAUCCACCGAGCUCCUCAUCCGCAAGUUCCAGCGCCUCGUCCGCGAGAUCGCCCAGGACUUCAAGACCGACCUCCGCUUCCAGUCCUCGGCCGUCAUGGCCCUCCAGGAGUCCGCAGAGGCCUACCUCGUCGGACUGUUCGAGGACACCAAUCUCGCCGCCAUCCACGCUAAGCGCGUCACCAUCCAGCCUAAGGACAUCCAGCUCGCCCGUCGUCUCCGCGGCGAACGAUGA